GGCUUGAGCAGGGCCAGGUUUUGGGAGGGGGGGCGCGGAACGGAACGGAGCACAUCGCCGGGGAAGGGGGGGAAUCCCGAUCCGCCACCGCCACCAUGCCGGCCGUUUCCAAGGGAGAUGGGAUGCGGGGGCUGGCCGUGUUCAUCUCCGACAUCCGAAACUGUAAGAGCAAAGAGGCUGAAAUAAAGAGAAUCAACAAGGAAUUGGCCAAUAUCCGGUCCAAAUUCAAGGGAGAUAAAGCUUUGGACGGUUACAGCAAGAAGAAAUAUGUCUGUAAGCUGCUCUUCAUAUUCCUGCUGGGCCAUGACAUCGACUUUGGGCACAUGGAAGCUGUCAACCUACUCAGCUCUAACAAAUACACAGAGAAACAAAUUGGCUACUUAUUCAUUUCAGUGCUGGUGAACUCUAACAGCGAGCUGAUCCGCCUAAUCAACAAUGCCAUCAAGAAUGACUUGGCAAGCCGCAACCCCACUUUUAUGUGCCUGGCCCUGCAUUGUAUCGCUAACGUAGGUAGCCGUGAGAUGGCUGAGGCCUUUGCCUCCGAGAUCCCCCGCAUCCUGGUGGCUGGAGACACCAUGGAUAGUGUAAAACAGAGUGCUGCCCUCUGCCUGCUGCGCUUGUACAAGACCUCACCCGACCUGGUGCCCAUGGGAGAGUGGACGUCACGUGUCGUGCACCUUCUGAAUGAUCAACAUAUGGGGGUGGUCACAGCUGCAGUCAGUCUCAUUGCCUGCCUCUGCAAGAAGAAUCCUGAUGAUUUCAAGACCUGCGUCUCCUUGGCUGUAUCCAGGCUUAGCAGGAUUGUGUCUUCAGCCUCCACAGACCUACAGGACUACACUUAUUACUUUGUGCCAGCCCCCUGGCUCUCGGUCAAGCUCCUGCGGCUGCUGCAGUGUUAUCCUCCUCCAGAAGAUGCAGCAGUGAAAGGACGCCUGGUCGAGUGCCUGGAGACUAUCCUCAACAAGGCCCAGGAGCCACCCAAGUCCAAGAAAGUGCAGCACUCCAACGCCAAGAAUGCUAUCCUUUUUGAAGCCAUCAGUCUCAUCAUCCACUAUGACAGUGAACCCAACCUCUUGGUGCGGGCAUGCAAUCAACUUGGCCAGUUCUUACAGCAUAGGGAGACCAACCUGCGAUACCUGGCCCUGGAGAGUAUGUGCACCCUCGCCAGCUCUGAAUUUUCUCAUGAGGCUGUCAAGACCCACAUUGAAACAGUCAUCAAUGCUCUCAAGACGGAACGGGAUGUAAGUGUGCGCCAGCGGGCUGCUGACCUCCUCUAUGCCAUGUGUGACCGAACAAAUGCCAAACAGAUUGUCUCAGAGAUGCUUAGCUACCUAGAGACUGCUGAUUAUUCCAUCCGCGAGGAGAUUGUGCUGAAGGUGGCUAUCCUGGCAGAGAAAUAUGCAGUGGACUACAGCUGGUAUGUGGACACCAUCCUCAACCUGAUCCGUAUUGCUGGGGACUAUGUGAGUGAGGAAGUGUGGUACCGUGUCAUCCAGAUUGUCAUCAACCGGGAUGAUGUCCAAGGCUAUGCUGCCAAGACAGUCUUUGAGGCCCUGCAGGCUCCCGCUUGUCAUGAGAACAUGGUGAAGGUUGGAGGCUACAUCCUAGGGGAGUUUGGGAACCUCAUUGCUGGAGAUCCUCGUUCCAGCCCUCUGGUGCAGUUCAACCUCCUGCACUCCAAAUUCCACCUCUGCAGUGUUUCUACGCGAGCUCUGCUUCUCUCCACCUACAUCAAAUUCAUCAACCUCUUCCCCGAGACCAAGGGCACCAUCCAGGAAGUGCUGCGUUCUGACAGCCAGAUCCGCAAUGCUGAUGUGGAGCUCCAGCAGCGUGCUGUUGAAUACCUCAAGCUCAGCUCUAUUGCCAGCACAGAUGUCCUGGCAACAGUACUAGAGGAGAUGCCUCCAUUCCCUGAACGAGAGUCAUCUAUCUUGGCUAAACUCAAGAAGAAAAAGGGCCCUGGAGCAGGCAGUGAGCUGGAUGAUGGCAAAAAGGAUCCCAAUUCUGAGAUCAAUGGGGGCAUGGAGCCCUCAACCAGCACUGCUUCAACGCCAUCCCCUUCUGCCGACUUGUUAGGCCUCCGAGCAGCCCCAGCCACUGCCUCUGGUGCCCCAGCCAGUGCUGGCAACCUCUUGGUGGAUGUCUUCUCUGACAGCCCCUCAGCUGCAACGGGCCUUGUGCCUGGGGCUGAAGAAAACUUCUUGAGCUCAGGGGCUGCUGCUUCUGUCUCUGAGGACCCAGCUUUGCCUAUUGCUGAGGCCGAUGAACUGCUUCACAAGUUCGUGUGUAAGAAUAAUGGAGUGCUCUUUGAGAACCAGUUGCUCCAAAUCGGAGUGAAAUCAGAAUUCCGGCAGAACUUGGGCCGGAUGUAUCUCUUCUAUGGGAACAAAACAUCCGUCCAAUUCCAGAGCUUUACUCCUACAGUCAGCUAUCCAGGAGACCUGCAGAGUCAGCUCAAUAUUCAGACAAAAGCAGUGGAGCCGCUGGUGGAAGGUGGUGCUCAAGUCCAACAGGUCCUGAACAUUGAGUGCCUGAGUGACUUCACGGAGGCCCCCCUCAUCAACAUCAAAUUCCGAUAUGGUGGGACUCUGCAGAACCUCACUCUCAAAUUGCCUAUAACGGUCAACAAAUUUUUCCAAGCAACAGAAAUGCAAUCACAAGACUUUUUCCAGCGCUGGAAACAGCUCAGUCUGCCACAACAAGAAGCUCAGAAAAUUUUCAAGGCAAACCAUCCCAUGGAUUCAGAAGUGACUAAGGCCAAGCUCUUAGGGUUUGGCAGUGCACUCUUGGACAAGGUGGAUCCAAACCCUGAUAACUAUGUAGGAGCUGGGAUCAUCCAGACAAAGGCACUGCAAGUUGGAUGCUUGCUGCGGUUGGAGCCCAAUGCCCAGGCACAGAUGUACCGGCUGACCCUCCGGACCAGCAAGGAGUCUGUCUCGAAGCACCUUUGCGAGCUGCUCUCACAGCAGUUCUGAGGCAUUGGCUGUACAGAGGAAGGAGGGGGGCAGGGGAAAGGCCGUUCCUGCACAUUGGAUGCCUAUGUCCGUCUCCUCCCACCUCCCUCCCAAACCAGGGGCCUCUGGAAAGACUGUAUUGCUCCUUGCCUGUUGUCGUGAUAACCUCUGUGUUCUCAUUGCCUAGCCCGGGCCAGCACCAAGUGGGGGAGCAAACGUGGUCCCUGGGAUGGUCAAAGUAGAAUUGGGGAGGGAUGACGUGUUUGUCAGUGUAAAGCAUUCUUCCAGGAGUAAUCUUCCCUUGGCAGGAGGAUGGCUCUUGGAAGAAGAGCCAGGAUCUCUCCCUUCCCAUAAGCCUGGUCUGCUCUAACUCAGGAUGAGGCUGAGAUUUGUGGUCUUAAUCCUCCCCCACACACAUUGUAUGAUUUAGUCUGGCAUUUUGGUUUUGUUUACAACUGUUUACCCCUGGUUUCCCAUCCAUGGCUUUCAUCCUUUCUGUUGAGGAGGUGGAAUAUACAUGUCAGCUACCUUGCUUCUGUCUAAACUUGCUGGGGGGGAGGAAUGAGUGUGUGUGUCUGCGUGUGUGUGUGGAAAGGCUUUGUAGGGAAUUGUUUUGUUUUUUUGCCUUGUGUAUUUUCCGGGCGGGGCGGGGGGGUGAAUUCUCCUUUCCUUUGUCAUGGACCAUUCCAGUGUUAUAGUUGCGUAUGUUUGUGGGGAAGCAAGAGCAGGGCUCCCCCUUCCCCUGGUCUCUCACCUCUAGAAGGAAGACUGUGUGAAAGUGGUGAAGAUUGGGGGAGGAAGAGAGGCUUGCCAGUUCCUCUCCUGACUCAUUUCUCCCACCCCUGGAAAGGGUGUUUUAAAGGAAACCUCAGGCAGCUCUAAGCUUGGGGGAGAUCGGCUGGAAUGCUGCUCUUCCUGGAUUUGUGGAGGGAGAAAGGGAGGGUUCAGUUCAUGCUAGUUUGGGGAUGUCCCAGCUUCCCAUGCUGGCCCGGGCUCCAUGUUACUCUGCUGUGUAGGUGUUAUCUAGCUCAUCUUAGUUUAUCUGGGUUUUGAAUGCCUGUAUCUAUCUCCAUGUGACUCUAAUAAAGCCGUGAGGGCGGGGGAGAGCCAGAAUCAAGCCAGGCUGGGUCACCCCCACACCGCUGACUGA